UUUCAAAAGCGGUGGAGCGAUUACUGGUGGGAAGGUUAGUUGAUUUUCGAGUUUCGUUGGAGGAACAUCGCAGAAUGAGGUUGAUACUUGCAGUUUUGGCCGUUUUCGGUCUUGCCAGCGGUGAGCUGAUUCCAGAUGCCCGGUUGAUCGGCGGAACUAACGCCGUCUGGGGACAGUUCCCGGCAACGGUCUCCAUCAACACUCCGUUCCAUCUGCACUGCGGAGGAGUGAUCCUGCAUCCAUCCCACGUGCUAACCUCGGCCCAGUGUGUCUUGAACAACCAGAACCGCCUCAUUGAUCCCUACUGGCUGACCAUCGUGGCCGGAGAUGUGGCGCUGGCCCCGGUUGGAGCCCGCCGUCAAACUCGCCGCGUCUCGCAGAUCUUUGUCCACCCGGAGUUCAACGUGUUCACCCGCGAACAUGACUUGGCCGUUCUGCGCCUCGACCGUCCCUUCGAAACCCCGUCCAACACCCUGGACUGGGCCCGGCGCCGAACCCGAGUAACCCCUCCAGGCGAGCAGUGCCAAUUCGCCGGCUGGGGAGCGGCUUCUAACGCUGCUAACGCUCCGGUGAACGUCCUUCAACGCUUCCUGCCGAUGAACAUCAACGAUCGUGACCUGUGCAACCAGGCGACGAUGCACGCCGGCCGCGUUCGCGACGGGAUGAUCUGCGCUGGCAACACGGCCGCGUCGAACAAUGCAGCGCCGUGCAACGGAAAUCUGGGAACCGGGCUGUUCUGCAACCGAGAGUUGGUGGGAAUUCUGUCGUUCGGGGUCAACUGUGGCGUGGCGAACAAUCCGCCGGUGUUUACGCAGGUGCGUAACUACAACCGGUGGAUCGAUCAGCAGUUUGGGCGGACCGAUGGGCUGCCGCCGAACUGGACGCCGGGACAUUUGUAAACGGGGGAAGUUGUUGGUUAAUCCAAUAAAUAUUUUGAGAUGAAAUCUGA